GCCCUCCGCUGGCGGGAUGGAUAGAAAUGAUACCGUCGAGGUACGAGAAAGAUGCACCCAUCGGGUGGAUGGGCACGCCGCAUCCAUCCAUCCGUCCAUCCAUAUCCAUCGCUUCCUGGAUCUGACUGUGCCGCAGGAGAUCUCAGAGCUGUACUAUUGCGAGGCGCAUGAUCGGUAUCACUGCACCGUCCAAUGGAGCUCGGUGUGCAGAAAUACGAAAGAGCACUGCACUCGGCGGUUUGUGUGACUUGCACUGGUGUGGGUGGUGCCCGUCCAUCUGCUGACGGAUGCUUGCAGGGCAAGACUACGCCGCGAGUAUCUGUCAAGGAGCUCAUCUGUAGCUGCCCAUCGCAGGAUGUCAGGGCUCUGAUCAAUGACGCCAAGAAGCGGGGGCUCCCGCUCAUACCCCUGUCGGCACAUGAUGCCACAUACAACAUCAACGUAGGUGACACAAUAAGGGAGGCGUCACAAACUCCCAUCGCUGCAGCAAUGGAUUGGGAUCCAUGUGUGUGUGUGUGGUGCAGCGUGUUCUCGAUGUUGAUGAGCGCCGCCAGAAGCUGAGGGUGCAUUGGGUGGGGGACACGCCCACGUGGGAGCCCUUCUCAUGCGUCGAGGAGUUCCACAGACUUUGGUGGGUGGAUGGGUGGGUGGGUGGGUGGGUGGGCCGACACAUGCACCCUCUGUGUCAUCUGACGUGUACGUGUGUGUGGUGUGGUGUGGUGUGGUGUGGUGUCAGGGGUAGCAUCAAAGAGAUUUUGUCGCUCAUGAGGGCCCCGGGCGACGGUCCCGAGGCACUGGACCAAGAUGGCGACGGUCCCGAGGAGAGCGACCAGACCGGCCCCACGUGUGCAGCCGGCUUCGACAGAUCCAUCCGCCACUCCAGGGACCAGUCGGACAAUCCCUCCCUGCAGCAGCAUACCAACAUCAAGACCCUACUGGACCUCCCGUCGUUGCCGCAGCUGUGCCGCACCUGCUGCAGUGGACAUCGUGCGGUGAGGGCAGGCCCCACUUGCGUCGUCUGCUUGAGCUCCUGCGAGAGGGGCGGCAAGCCACCUGUCAAGUGCUCUCAGGUAGCAAGGGACAAGGGGUGAGAAAGAUGGACACAAAUGACAACGGCCAUUGUGGAGCUGUUUGUGUGGUGCAGGAGGGCUGCGUGAGGUACUGGCACCCGGAGUGCUACCAAGAGGUCGUCCCAUCUUUCAUGCACACCUCCUCGCGGCCGUUCUGCCCCUCCAGCAUCCACGCCUUCCCCGAGCAGGACGCCCCCGCAGCACAUGGCGCGAGCUCAUCCGCAGCCGCAGCGUCAGCCUCGGCGGCCAGCGCCACCGCCGCCCCGCGCUCUGUCUGCACGUCGGGUGAUGGUCUACCCGACCACAUGCGGCAUCAGUAUUGGGUUGUCGGCCCCAUUGGACGGGACGGCUGCAAGAUGGUCGUGGUGCGUCUACCAGAGGGUCUGACUGUGCGAGGGGUGGCCAAGGCUGGCGAGAAGGAGACGGCGACGGUCGACGUCGACCUGGUGUAUGAGAGUGGCGUGAUGUCGUCGCUGGUGAACCCCUCCUCGCCUCACCCCUUCCCUCCCCCGCCACAGCUCAUCGACAUGGAGACCGACAAGCGGCCCCGACCCUUGCUUGGCCACUCGCUCCCCAAGCCCAUCAAGGUGUCCCCAUCCCAGCUGCUCUUCCCUGUCGACAUGCAUCAUUGCGCCUGUGGCAGCGUGCAGUCGCCCUGCUCCGCGCACAUUCAGGCCCCUCAUCCCGCCUCUUCGCCCUAUCCGCUUCGCGUCUACUGCAAGACCGUCAUGAUCCACCAAGAGGAGCAGGGCCAGACAACCGGGGGGGAGGGGGCGCCCCGCCGCUCAGUGCGGCUCGCAUCCUCCCCCAUCGACAGCCCCGAGGGAUUUCUGCCCCCACAGUGGCGCCACACGGGUGUCACAGGCCUGUCGGCGGAUUUUCAGUGGUCUCCUCACAGUGAGGGCUUCACGGGCAUCCCGCCCAUCGUGUGCCCCUCAAAAGAGGCCAUCGAGCUCCUCAACGGCGGGACGAGGGCGUGCGAGGGCAAGAGGAUCGACACCGAUGAGUCCGCCACCACUUUGGAUAUCUUCGGUGGCAUGGGGAACGUGAGUGAGGCGAUGCUGCGGGCGAAGAGGGAGUUCGGCUCUGGGGGCAAGCACAUAGCCAUAGACAAGAAGACCGUCUGUGCGACAGUCAUCAAGGUGGGCAAGGACACACCACGGAGGGAGGGAGGGAGGGAGGGAGGGAUUUUUUGUGCAUUGUACCGUCCUUUGCUCGAUCAGGAGGAUGUGAAGCGUGGUGGUGGUGGUGGUGAUGGCGGUGGCGGUGGCGUGGAGGUGUGGGAGGACAAUGCGUUGGACAUGUUCCGCAUCAUGACUGACCUGGCCAGAGGCGGGCCGGCGCACGACGAUCUCGCCAAUUUGGAUCGCGCGAAGCGGCUCCUGCCUUCUGUUGGCGUAGCCGACAGCACUGACGGCACAAGCAGCAGCAGCAGCAGCAGCAGCAGCGCGGCGGAGAGCGACAAGGCCAUGGUGAGGGUGGCUGCCGCAUGCCCUCCAUGCCAGGUCAGCCAACAGAAACAGAUAAAUGGAGUCCGUAUCUUCCUGUGUGUCAGUAUUGAUGGGUUGAUGGGAUGGAUGUGUUAGGCCUUUACGAGUUUUGAGGAGAUGCGCCGGGACGCGCCUGUUCACCAUCCGCAGCUGCGUGUGCUCUUCAUCGAGACCGUGCAGGCCAUGAUCAUGAUCGGAGCGCCGGUCGCUGUCAUCGGUGGGCAAGUACAGUCAGCCAGCCAACAGCAUGACGCACGGGGGCUUAGGAACGUUCGGUUGGUUGGCGGAUGCUGUGUGGGCCAGAGAAUGUCAUGGGCCUGGCUGAGUCCCCAAGGAACCGCCCUCUCUUCGAGCAGUGCAUCGCCGAUAUCCUAUCCGCUGGCGUAAGCAUAGCAUCGAAGAUGUGCACACACCCACGAGCAUCGGCAGACUUCACGUGUGUCUGUCCGUGUACCCAUUAUCAGCUGCAGUUCCGUUGUCUGGUGGUAAAUGCUUCGGAGCACGGCUCUGCGGCGCAUCGCAGGCGACUCGUAGCCAUCAUGGCGCAGCCCGGCUACCCACUCCCAGGUACCACACACACAUCCACCACACACAUGCCCACACACAUCACACAUACGGUGUGUGCAUGUGUGUGCAGAGCCGACUGUCAUUGCGCCGUCGUCAGCCGCCGCCAGAGGGGAUUCCGUCCUACUCGACGCCAUCAACACGGUGCUUCAGGUCUACAUCCACAUGUACAACACGGAGACUCCUGACGCCAAGGCGUUUGUGCUCGCCGAGCUGCAACACUGGCCGUGGAACGUGUUCCACUACACGCUAAAGGAGGCGUGUGAGCAUCGGCUGGCGCAUGGCGAGCACCCGAUGACGGCCAGAUACGCCAAGCUCAGCGAGCUGCUGGAAGGGGUACUUACAUACGUGUGGUGUGUGUGUGGACACAAAGAGGGAGGCAUGGGGGCAAGUGUCAUCCUUCUCUCUCUGUUCGGUCCUGUCAUAUCCAUGCAUCAGGUAGCAAAGCGUGUGUGGCCUGCGGACGGUUUCCAGAGGCCGAAAUGCAAGCCACGCAAAGGUAGGUGGGGUGGACAGGCAGGGAGCUGACACACAGAGAGACAGGCAAAGCGGGAGGCGCUCACUCUCGUGCCCUGCUGUGCUGUGCUGUGCCGUGUUGCUGGAUGAUGGAUUGAUCAGGGAGUGAUUGGGGCUGGGAGGAGUUGUUGAGUCCUGCCAACAUGUCGGCAUUGUGCGCCGAGCUCGAGAUGGCCGCCCCCACACUCACCCGGCAGCCCCUCUCGCUCUCGUGGGUCAACGUCGACACACACGCGGAGACGGCGGCGGCGAGCGGUGAUGGGGCAGCCGUCAAGGGCGUCAAGAGAAGAAAGACCACCCACCAUUCCGCGCAGAAGUGCAAACACCCAGAAGUGCCCAUGUAAGGAUGGACAGACAAAUCACAUGUGUGUGUCGGGAUGUCGCAUUGUGGUGCGUGCCUGCAGGGCCGUUUGUGCCCAGCUUCAGGGAGUGCUGCACCGUCUCCCCCCACUGAUGGCCCUGCUGAACUCCCAGCGCUGCGCUAAUCUCGACGGCUGUGCCAAGACCCUCCUGAGGGACCUGCUGGGCAACGCCGUCAACAUGGAGACGGCCGUGGAUGUGACUCGCCCGCUCUUCCACUCACUCGCCCGCCGCGACUGCAUCAGCCCACCCCAGGAAGUGCUCAACCAGCGGCUGGGCAUCGUCACGCCCCCCCACACCGUGCUGCCCCCCCUCGCCAGACACCAGCCGCCAUCGGCCGAGGAGAUCGCCGACAUGAUGAUGUUGCGUAUCCCUCACAACAAGAAUUGGGAUCGCAUUGUCGACUCCUUCAACAGCGGCAGCAUGACACGGCUCCAAGAGGAGGACGAGGACGAGGACGACAUCACCACACCAGCAGCGGCGGCGGCAGCCGCAGCGAUGCCGGCUGACACGCCCCCCAUGCACGACUGGGAGAACGACCCCGUGGAAGGGAUGGGAGCAGGUAGGUAACAUACGGACGGGCAUGCAGGCAGUCGGGCCAUACAUAUCAUACUGUGGUGUAUGUGUGCAGAUGGUAUGAUGGCGGUGGAUGAGGAGGGAGGUGGUGCUGUGCUCCAGGAGCCCCCGGCGCCCCCAUCGCCCGGCCCCCUGGCGUCGCCCAUGCCCCAUACCCAUGGACAUACAGAGCCACGAACCUGCUGCAGGUGCCUGCCUUGCCUGGACGGCUACUAGACCGCACCACACGGGCCUGUGUAUGUAUGUAUGUUCAGGUGAUGGUGAUGAGCAGGAUGGCGGCAUCAUUGCAGAGUAUCCCGAAGAUGAGUAGCCUAGCUGGCGGGAGAGACGCAUGUGCAUAGCAGGGAAAGAAGAAGAAGGACGUGCGGUUGGCUGACAUGGCUUUGGAAUGGGACGGGGAACACUCACUCACUGUUGCUGCCCCUGCCUGCCCAUUUGAUUCAUCGGCAGCCGAUUGUUGACCAGUACAGGGAGGGGGAGGGGAGGGGUGCCGCCUACCUUGUCUUUGUCUGAGAUUCACUCACUCACUGCCUGUCUUAGCUGAUUUCUCUCCUGUAUGUUUGUUCGUCCCCGUCGGUCAAGGCGACGACAGGGGGACGGUACGGUACCAUACAUAAACA